CUAAAACGUGGGAGUAAAGCCUCAGCCUCUCACUGGCGCCUCAACUUCAUGAAUAGCACGUCACGUCUUGCUUCUUUCUGACUCCUACAAAAUCUUUGUUUGGAGAAAUCUUCCAGAGGGCUUGCAGUUUAGGCGGCGAUUGGUUUAGACGCACAAACAAGCAGACGAGCAACCAAGGGAUCUGGGGGCUCAUACCUGCGGCAGCCAACUCAUUCAGCGGAUUCUUUGGUUCAUCUGAUCAGUACAUAGUCUGCAAUCAAUUUUCACUCUGUUAAAAGGCGAACAAGGGCAAAUAGAGUACAGAUGGCUGGAAACAUGUUUGGCCGGUUGUUUGGAAAACCCAAGGAGGAGGUUUCUCCUUUGAGUACUCUAGAAAAACUCAACGAGACAUUAGAGAUGCUGGAAAAGAAGGAGAACCUGAUGCAGAAAAAGAUUGCACAGGAGAUGGAGAAGGCAAAGGAGUUCACACGGGCGAAGAAUAAGAGGGCGGCUAUACAAUGUCUGAAGAGGAAGAAACUGUAUGAGCAACAAGUAGAGCAGCUAGCAAACAACCAGCUUCGGAUUCAAGAUCAGAUGAUCAUGUUGGAGAGCGCCAAGGUGACGACGGAGACGGUGGAUGCGCUGCGGAGUGGGGCGCAGGCGAUGCGGGCGCAGCUCAAGACGACCAAGAUUGAUGACGUGGACAAGACCAUGGACGAAAUUAACGAGUCGACUGAGGACAUGAAGGCCAUCCAGGAAGCGCUGGCGAAUCCUGUGGGCGGCAUGGCCGAGUUUGAUGACGACGACCUGUUGACCGAGCUGGAGGAGUUGGAGGGCCAGGAGCUGGACGAGCAGCUGCUAGCGCCCUCGACCGCCGCGCCCGCCACGCACCUCCCCUCCGUGCCCACCGCCAGGGUGCCCGCACAAGCCGGCAAAGCGCAGCCCGUACGAACCGAAGAGGACGACGAAUUAGCAGCCCUUCAAGCGGAGAUGGCACUAUAGCUUCUCACUGCAAAGAGUCUUGGCGUCAGAAAUGCACUUGGGGUACCUUAUGUUGAUCAAGCGCUUGAGAUCGGGAGAUGUUGCCAGUCUGGUCUUGGGGCCGCACACGCAUCGGCUGUGUGCCCUUCGUAGUAAGCUGCGGCUACCACACCUCGUGGGGGACGAUCGGUGGAUUCAAAGAAGGCCCACUUGUAGAGAAGACGGGUCGUCCGAAUGGGUCCUUCGAAGUGGGGCUGUCUUUGACGGACCUGCUGUUAGUGUUUCUUCUUGUAUAAAGACGUUUUUCUAUGCUUUUGUAAAGCUUUAUUAUUACCCAUCUCCUUUCAAAGCCAAACAUCUUGUGUGAUUCCAGAC